CUAUUUUUGUUGCUAAAAGAUUACGAAAAUAUGAUUUUCCUCAACCAGAUUACAAGAGCCCGAUCGAUAUUAUGUGUACCCCAAAAAAUGUUAAGCCACACUGACACUUGUCCAAAGAAUCCAUGCAAACGAUUCAACGAACCAAACAUAGUCCAGAAACCAAAGAGAGCAGUGCGUUCCGGGAAAGUAAGACUUGGCUUUAUACCCGAAGAAUGGUUUACCACUUUCCAUCCAGCCACGGGGGUUUCUGGACCGUACAUCUUUGGUCUCAUGGCUACCAACUAUCUCGUCAGCAAAGAAAUAUAUAUCUUAGAACACGAGUAUUACACAGGUAUCUCUAUCUUCAUAAUGCUGUACUAUGCUUCCACGCGAUUCGGUACGCAAGUGGGUAAGUUACUUGAUAAGCAAGUAGACGAAUAUGAGGCCUUCUUUGAUCAGGUGAGAAAGAAUGAAAUAGAGAGUGCUGAGAAUAGAAUGAAGGAUGGAAAAGAAGCACAGAUGAUGGCAGAAGGGCAGAAGCUAUUGAUCGAAGCCAAGAAGUCAACUGUGACUUUGCAGCUGGAAGCAGCGUAUAGGGAACGAAUGAUGAUGGUAUACAGAAGCGUGAAGAAUCGCCUGGACUAUCUAGUACUGGUAGAUCAGGCGAAGACCAGGAUCCAUCACAAGUGGAUGGUGCAAUGGAUAUUGGAGAAUGUAAAACAGUCCAUUAAACCAGAGCUCGACAAGGUUUUGGUUGAUCAAGCUAUACAGGAUCUAGUGGUUUUGGCGGAUGAAAUUAAAAAGGAAUAA